AUGCCGUCCCUCCCCGCGAGCGCGCAGAGGCGUAUCGUACGAUUCAUCGUCCGCAACUCCGGCGCCAUCGUCCUGUGCAACGCCGCCGCCGUCAUCGUCAUGCUGUUCCUGCUGAGCCACACGCACCAGCGGGUAGACGCGACCCUUCGCCACUACCUGGUCCGGGGCACCAGAACCGGCGAGCGCUCGCGGCAGUUCGACAGGCUCGUCUCCACGUCCACGGUGACGACCGAACCGCCUCGGGAACCCGCGUCGCCCGAGGACGUCGAGUUCGGCACGUCAAUCGACGCCGAAGCUCGGCGCAUGGAGCGACUGGACGCCGAGUUCCCGGGCGCGGCCGCGAGGCUCACCGCGUCCAGGGUUCUCGCGGACUUUCCCAGGAGGAGCGCGCCGGACAAGGCGCUCGCGACGGACCCCAAAGCCGGCGCUUGGGGCGGCGCGGGCGGAGCCGAGGAGUUCACCGUCAUCGUCAAAACCUCGCGCGCGGCGGCGGACGGCGACGUUUUCACGCCUCACGCGCUUCGUCGGGUGUGCGAGCUCAAGAGGGCGAUCGAGCGGUCCCCGGGGUACGGAGGCGCGUGCGCGCGGGUCAAGGAGAAAACCGCGACAAAAAACCAAACCCAAACCCCCGCGUCCGCCGCCUCGAGCAAAAACGAUUGGGACGGGUGCGCCCCCGCGUUCUCGGUCUUCGACGUCGUCUCAGCGUACGAACACGUCGGUCUUCGCGGCGUCCCACUCGCGUUCGCCCGGACCGCUCGCGCCGUCUUGCUGUUAAACGAUGGGAUCGAUUCGGUUCGACGGGUGUGCUCGUCGAGGGAAACAGCCGGCGGCGUCCUGUGCGGGCUGCGGCCCAGCCUCGGGUGCGACCCGCGCGGAUGCGACGCCAAACUCGACGUCACCGCCCGCGCGUGCGUCGUCGGCAACGGUCUGGUCGAGGUGUGCGACUGGAUUCGGUCCGCGGCGCCGACGGAGGAGGAGGUGAAGACGGUAGCUUGGGCGGAUUUUCGACAGUCGACGUCGUCGGAGGAUGAAGGGUGCGAGAAAGGGUCUUUCGAUUCGGCGUCUGCGGCGAGCGCGAUCAAGUUCGGCGCGGUCGCCGCGCGGUGGAGCGAACGGAGCGGGGGUACGUUGGAGAUGGCGGCGCUCGCGGCGCCGUGGAGUCUCCUCGCGGAUCGACGCUUCGGGGAGGCUGGCGCGGACGGGGACGACGACGACGCGAGGGCGAGGACCGAGGUGACUCGGCUGGCGUUUCGACUGGCUCCGAGAGGGACGCCGGGGUACGCCGCCGCGACGCGAUGGGCGAAGGAGGUGGCCGGCCCGAUCGUGGAAUCGUGGGGUGACGGUGAGAUGACGGCGUCGUGGCGACACAUGUGGGCGCUCAAGCUCAUGGGACGCGAGUACCUCUGGGGAGAUUUGAGAUGGGCGGCGGGUUCGUUCUGCACCACGCUUUUCCUCGUGAGGGCGCACACGGGCUCGACGUUUCUCGCUCUCGGUGGAAUGACCGCCGUCAUCGCGUCGCUGGUCGUCGCGCAGUUCGUGUACGUGCACGCGAUCGGCGUGACGUGGAUCGGAAUGCUCAACUUUUUGGGGGUGUUCAUCGUGCUGGGAGUCGGCGCGGACGACGUCUUCGUGAUUCUCGAGUUUUGGAAGCAGUCCAAACGCGAGGCGCUCUCGACGGCCGGAGAGGAAGACAAUCGCCACUCCGACGAUGGGGAGUCAUCCACCGAGCGCGUGCUCGUCGAGCGCUUGCGAUGGACCGCGGAGAAGAGCUUGUACGUCGUGACGAUGACGUCGGUCACCACGGCGGCGGCGUUUGCGUGUAACAUGGCGUCCCGGAUCGCCCCCGUGCGCCUCUUCGGGGCGUUCAUGGCCGCGCUCAUCGCCGGCAACUAUCUGCUCGUGUGCACCACGUUUCCGGCUCUGCUGGUGCUCGAGCACGGGAUGCGCGCGAGGUCGGCGCGCAGGUGGAGGCGAUGGAGGAAUCGCGCGAGGGUGAGGGCGACGCGGCUCGAGUCCGUCGUCGUCGCGCCCGCCCACCCGGUAACUCACUGCCCGGUGACUCACCGGCCGGCGAUCGGCCCGAGGACGAGCCCCAAACACCGACGCACCGCAUCGCACGCGCCGCGUCUGGCGGCGCUCGAGGAGGAUCACGGAGGCGUCGAGAUGGAUCCCCCGAGCGCGUCCAAGCCGACCGCGCGCCGCACGUCCUCCCUGACCCUUCACGAUCGCCUCGGCGUCUUCUGGAGGGACGGCGGCGGGCGGGACUCGGACGACGAGGAUGAUUUUUCAUCCCUCGCCGCCGCCUCCGUCGCGUCGUCCCCGUCCCAAUCGCCGGUCGAAGCGCUCGCCGCGUCGAUGCACGCGACGAGGCGCGCGUAUGAGGAACGCGGCGAGGCGGCCGUUCGCGUGCUCGCCGACUUUGUCGUGUCGUAUCGAUGGCACGUGGUGGCGUUUGCGGCGGCGUCGCUCGCGUUUUCGGCGUUCGCCGCGAGGGGGGUCCAGCCGCCGGCGAGGUCAUCCUCCGCGGGAUUCAGCAUCUUCCCCGAGGGGCACAACUUCAACGUCUUCGCGGAGGCGUGUUCGAUGUUCGGGUUCGCGCGGUCCGCCGAGGCUGUGCGCGUGACGUUCGUGUGGGGGCUCGAGCGCCCUCGCGAGACAGACCCGGCGGAUGACGAAUUCGAAAUUAAUUCUAUCGAUUCAUCCCCGAGGAACCCCUUGGGGGCGCGCGCCCUGGAGGAGACGGCGCGUCGGCUCGGGUCCAAGUUCGAGAAUCCGACCACGUCGGACCAGGAGAGAGCCGCCGUGCCGGCGUUCGACACGUCGUUCGACGCGACGUCCGAGGAGGCGCAGGCCUGGAUGCUCUCGUUUUGUCGCGACCUGCGCGGCUCGGAAGCCACCGCCCGCCGGCUCAAGGAUCCAAACUCGGUGGUGUGCUUCGCCGAGGACGUCGAAGAUGCGACGCGCGCGGCGUCCGGCGGUGGGUUCGGGUCGCCAAUGUCGCCCGCGCGGUACGGCGCCGCGCUGAGGCGGUACGGGCGGGGCGAGUCGAACGACGGCGCGGUCAGGUGGUUCGCUCCGGACAGAUCCGGAACCCCCCCCGCGCCCGGACGAGGCGGCCCGACCCUCACGAACAUCCCGGCGGACAUCGGGGGUUCGAACGAGGGACGCGUCGCGAGCGUUGCCGUCACCGCCGUGCUGAGGACGUCCAGCGUGUCGUCGUCCACCGCGGAACUCGUCGCUGAGCACGAGUUUUGGGAGGGUUGGUUCGAGAGUAAACUGGCUGGAGCGCCACCCGGGAUGCGCGGAGGAUUCCAGACCUCGCCAACCUGGACGCUCACCGAGACGGAGACGGAGCUCGUCGACGGCGCGUGGACCGCGCUCACGCUGUCGCUUGUGUUCGCGUUCGUCGUGCUCCUCGGCGCGUCGCGAUCGGUCCGGCUGGCACUGCUCGCGACGAUAAGCGUGGGAUCAUCGGCGGCGAGCCUGCUGGCAGCCGCGGCGCUGCUGGGGUGGACCAUGGGCGUGAUCGAAGCCGUGUGCACGAUGGUUCUGGUCGGUCUGUCGCUGGACUACGUCCUUCACGUCGCGGGGGCGUACGUGCGGACGUCCGGGGCGGACGGUCGGCGGGAGCGAGCGAAGGGGGCGGUGCGAGCGGUCGGCCUUUCCGUCGUGUCCGGCGCGUCAACCACCGUGGGGGCUGCCGCGUUUUUGUUGGGGUGCACGCUGACGUUCUUCACCAAGUUUGGGCUGUUCGUGGCGUGGACGCUGACGUCGUCGCUGGUGCAGGCGGUGGUGGUUUUCCCGGCGAUGUGCGCCGUGUGGGGACCGGAGGACGUGGAGAGAGUAGAGGGCGAGGAGGACGAGCAGGAAGGGUGGAGGCAAACACACGCCGCCGCAAGAUGAUAG